AGUUUUUAUGAUAAUACGUUAUUAUUUAAAAUCCAGUAUCUCGUCUUGCAGGCGGAAUAUUUCAAAGCGUAUAUUAUACGUGUUCUGAUAUACAUAUACAUACUCUUAUUGCCAUGCGUCAGACGUAUCCGUGGCAACGAAGAACGCGUGGUGCAACACUUGCCAUUUCCAUUAAAAGUAAUAAUAGCUAAUACUAAAAUAGAUAAAAUGUCGAACAAACUGUGGGUGAAGCUAUCUUUUUGAAGUAACGAUUGCAAGGCGAUAUAAUUUCGGCCAUAUAGUCAUAUUUGUUGUUAUGCGAAACGGUUAGGAACCACUUUUCUACAACCAGUGUAAAUUUACAGUUUUUACUCAAGUAAUAUUACUAAUAUACAAGUAAUUUUCACUGCCCAGUGAUUUCGCGAAAGUGAUACGCAAUUUAUUAAUUCGUCGACGAGAAGAGGUCUCAAACGUGUCAAAAUAAAAUAGCGCGUUUAGUGCAAGGAUUGCACUAUUAAAUUAAUAAACAAAUGUUGAAUUAUGUUUUUAAACAUUUAAUCAUACCUUCUUAAAUAAAUGUUAAAAAUGCAACCUAAAAAGAAUUAAUUUAAAGUAGUAUCUUAAAAAUGAUGAAAGAAAAUCUUUGAUGCCGAUUGGGAAAAAGUAUAAUUAAAUGCUAGCAUAACGCGAUUAGCUACGACGCAUGGAUACUAAUUAUAGAGCGAACAUCGCUAAGUGGCUUCCGCUUUCUGACGGUGCCCUUGACAAAUGGCUCGUAGACGCUUCUUUUUUGGAUGAGAAAAUGGGAAAACUUGCAGGAUGCAUAGCUUUAAUCAUCGAGGACUCCGCGGAGGCUCGGACUAUCGAUCAGGAGGUGUUUGAGGAAGUGAUAGAUAGCCUGGAGGAAUUAAUAGAAAGUUACAAAUCAACGUGCAAUCCAAGUGAAUUAAGCAACCAUCCAAUAUACAAGUAUAAAAUUAAUCAUCUGUCGAUGAUAUUGAAACGCAAACUCAAUGUGAUCGCGAAAUUCGCCCAAGAUUUAAUUAAUGACAUCGUCGAUUGUAAAAAUGACGAGAACAUAAGAAUAGUUUUCAAAUUGGUCAAUGCUUACAAUAAAAUUCUCGACAUGAAUCGGGACGUAUCGGAUUCGUCUGUUAAUGUUUUUUACAACGAUUGCCCAUCUAUGCUGGAGCCUUUGAAGAAAAUUUCCGUGACCAAAAUAUUGCAAAUACUAGCGAAGAAUAGGGCGGAGGAAUCCUGUCACGAAUUAAUCGAUUGUCUUCUGGCCAAUUAUGAGCCCCACGAGAAAAUCGAGCCUGAGUCUGCAACGAAUGACGUAGACGUUUCAGAAAAUUCUAGUAUUGAAAUCUAUCGCGCUCUUACGAGGCAUCUAACACCGCCGAUCACAAGUGCAGCAUCUACGUCCGAAGUGGAAGCAUCCAAUAUCGAGAGUGUGCAGACAAUCGUGAAUACGCAAAACGAGCAGAUUCUUAAACUCUUAAAUAUCGCGCAGGAAGUAUCACCGCAAUUGCUUGGCACGGACGCUUUGAAGACUAACAAAGGCGAGACGAGAUUGAGAAGUAGUGCUUUAAAAAAAGUGAAGAAUUAUUAUCAGGAGGUGGCAUGGGGAGCACUAUCCAGUAUUUUAGAUCAUGUGAUACUGUGGUGGUCAAGGGAAGCCCUCGCGACUCAUCACAGCCACGGCGCUCAGCAUCUCAAGGAUUGGCUGCGGCAGUUCAUUCAGGGGAAUGAAACCCCACCUACAGUCAGGUCAGCGCUGCAGAAUUUAUGCGACGCGCUUGGGUAUCAUACGACCAUCACUGUUUGGGACCAGAUGUUUAGAUUAGCCUACACCUCGGCAUUUGAGUGCCGUUCGAAACCGUCGUCUACGGAGGGAACCGACACCGGCCAAAUGUUUGUCGAGCUGUUUCAACUGCUGGUCGGCCUCAGCAACGAAUGCGAGGUGGGCGGCGAGUGGGUGAUAGGAGCACCCUUGGUAGAACUGCCAUUGUCGGAGCAGAUCGUGGUGUUGCACAGGAUGGACCAUUCGGUGCACACUGCGAGGUUGUGGGCUAUUCAAGAAUCCAAGAUCAUAGCCCACACUUGGGACCUGGAAGUGUUCUUCCUCUUAGUCAAGGGUGAUGUAGUGAACUGCCUUGAAGAGCUGUCUUAUCUCAAGCUCGCUGAUCACACAACUGCAUUGUCUAUGAAUUCUAUUAGCGUCCAAGUAUAUGUGUGCACGAAGAUGAGAGCGAAGAUUGUUUCCGAAGUUAAGGCGAAUGUUGAAUUGCUUCAGAUCUCUCCAGCUAAGUGUACAGACACGCUUGCCAAGAUCUGUCGCGUGAUCAGCCUCGCGAAUUUGCACAUGUGCUUUCCACGGUCGAAUUAUUGGAGAAGAAACAGCACCAUAUCUCCGGUGGCGGCCAGUCUUUAUGUGGAAACUUAUUUCGAAAAAGUACUGCUGCCAGUGUUGGAAGUGAUAGAGGAUCACGAAACAUCCAACAUGAUACUACGACUAAUGUGCGAGGCAUGGCUUGAUUAUAUUUAUUUACAUCGCAUCAAAUUUAGCGAGUACGGUGCGCAACAACUGUUGACGGAUUUCGCGUACGUAUCGACAUGGGUUACGGAAUGCUCAAUCAUCUCGCAGAACGUCAGGAAUCACUUGCUGAAGAACGAGGUUCUACGUCGUUGCGAAGGCGUUGGUCGGCUUUUGUUGAGACACCCAGGCGAAGCUAUCGCUAUGCAUAAACGAUUAGCACGAAGAACAAACGAGCGUGGGUCACCUGAAUCUCCAGGUCUGGAACGUAUGCCAGCUGAAAUGUACGUUCCAAAUCAAGAGCAGUGGCUUGAAUUGCGCGCGCCCAAGCGAUACAAUUUCUGCUGUAUGGAAUAAAGGAAGUAAACGGUGAAUUGUUAAUGAAAACUUUGAUUGUCACGUUCUUUCUUCAGCAUCACUUUAGCUAAUAAAUACAGCAGCUCGUUGUAUUAGAAAUAUUUCUCGCAAAUAAAUUAUACUUUGAGUAGAA